AUGUCUCGAAAAAAGAUCUCCACGCGCCCCAAAAAUGGGGCUGCGCAGAGGAGCACCAAGCAACGCCCAAGCCCCUCAGUUGCAAGUUCGGACCGCACGCUCAAGAGAAAUGUGGCCUCGGUGGAAAGCGAGGAUCAUGGCGAGCAGAAACGUCGGAAGAUUACACAGUCGCACUAUUUGCUCAAACCGAGCCCCAUGAUCCGACGCAUCCGCCGCCUGGAAGAAGAAACCGCCUCUGAAACCCUCGGCGAGUCACAAGCCCGUACGUCACAAACCGAACACAACGGCGCGCAAACACCGAUCGUCCCGCCAGACGAGGACUUGCAUUUCGACCUUUCUCCGCCGCCUGGUCUUGGCCUGCCGGCAGAGCUUAUCGAGGGGUGGAAGGCGCGCCAGAAGCGGUGGACGCAACCGCAGCAAGAUGACCGCAAGUACACCAUGCAUAAAUGGACACAGCCGGCUAUCGACAUCAGCUCGAUGACCCAGGAGGAGCUGUCAAGGCUCUUCGUACCUGAGGCAAGUAGCAGAGAUCGUUCCUCUCGCCCCCCUCGAACUCAUCAUCUGUCCACUAACGCAAAACUCCCGCCGCCGCAGGAUGACGGACUAACGUGUACUUAUGUGCACUGCCUUUCCAGAAGAGUUCAGCUACAGCGACACUAUGUCAGGGGCCAUGCCGUUUGCAAGCCCUGCUACGAGUACUGGCUCCGCCGCAAGCGCAGUUACUUGCGUAGCGCAGGACUGUGUGCAAGGGAGAGACUGGCGUUGGAGGUCAAGGGCCAAGCCACGUUCUUCUGUGGAAACAAACUUUGCGGCCGUGAGAGCGAAACCAGCAAAUCAUACCUAGUGGAAGCCGAGACGGGCGAGCUAGUACGCGUCUGCAGUGCUUGCAACACAUGGUGGAGGAGAUACCGGGGCGAGUGGCGUCCGGAGCACGUCUGCUGGCCGAAAGAUCCCACGAAAAAGCGCUUCUAUCAGCGCAAGCCACGUUCCAAGAAGGACUAA